AAAUGUCAUUUUUUUACGAAAUUUGCAACAUUUUUAUAUUAUCCUCAAUACAUUACUUUCUAUAUAACUAAUUAGUAAAGGUAAAAAGUAGCAGUUUAGUUAAUACCGCGAUGGAUAUUUCAAGCGUUUAUAACCUUGUCAUACGCGUCACGUAACAUUCAGAGGCUCCGAUGGUUAGGAAGACGAUGGUGCUGAGCACGGAGUGGGCGCAGGUGGAAGUGGUUGAGCUUACGAACGACGGGAAUGGUUUAGGGUUUAACCUAGUGGGGGGACGUAGCACGGGUGUCGUGAUUAAAUACGUUCUUCCUGGAGGAAUCGCUGACAAGGACGGACGACUGCAGAGUGGCGAUCACGUACUUCAAGUCGGUUCAAUUAACCUUCGCGGCUUCACGUCGGAGCAGGUAGCUGCAGUGCUGCGUCAGGCGGGGCCCACGGUGCGCCUUUUGGUCGCUCGGCCUGCAGAUCCUGCCGCAGCACUCCGCGCUCCAAUUCCUGGCACUGCACUCGUACCCACUAAACUCUUAGCUGAUCCCGAACUUCUCGAUCGUCACCUUAUCGAAGCGGGUUAUGGAGCAGUCUACGAUUUGUCUCAGUGUUACAGUGACUACAUCAAUGGACAAAAUGUAGAGAUUGAAAAUUUAGCCUUAGUGGCAGCAGUCAGUGUUAUUGGUGAAAAUCCUCAACAGAUCCCAGACCACCCAAUUGUUGCUGAUACUCUUUCCCCGACAAUAACUAUAACAGUCCCAGUGGAGUUGCCUACACCUCCAGAAGUGGAAAUAGUUCAUGUAGACUUAAAUAAGAAUGUGUAUGGUUUAGGUAUAACAGUGGCCGGAUAUGUAUGUGAAAAAGAAGAACUAUCUGGAAUCUUUGUUAAAAGUAUAAUUGAAGGUAGCAGUGCCGAACAGAGUGGUCAGAUAAGGUUAAAUGAUAGAAUUAUUGAGGUUGAUGGUGUCUCUCUAGCAGAUAAAAGUAAUCCUCAGGCUGUGGAGAUAUUAAGAAAUACUGGUAUAUCAGUUCAUUUAGUUUUAGAAAGGUAUUUGAGAGGUCCAAAGUAUGAGCACUUACAAUUAGCUAUAUUUAAUGAAGAACGACCAGCUUCACCUUCUCCUUCCGCAACUACCCUGACCUGGUUCCCAGUGCCUUCCCAAGCAGAAGAUAUCAGUACUACAGAAAUUGAGCCUGAACCUGAAUCAAAUACCACCAUAGAUUCUAGUGUAUUAGAGGUUGGUGAAUGUGAUGCAAAUGAUCCUACUCAGGAAGAAUUAGAUGCAAAAUUUGAUGCAAUUCUAGCUGUAAGUGAAGAGGAAAUAAAAAUUAGGUGGGAAGAGGAGAUUGGUCCUGGUAAAGACAUUAUUGUGGCAGAGGUACACAAACUAUCGGGCUUAGGAAUCAGUUUAGAAGGAACUGUAGAUGUAGAAGGGGGCCAAGAAGUGAGACCUCACCACUAUAUCAGAUCAGUUUUGCCAGAAGGUCCCAUAGGACAACAAGGCACACUUGCAGCAGGUGAUGAACUUCUAGAAGUAAAUGAACACAGGUUACAUGGACUUACACACACUGAAGUGGUCAAUAUACUAAAGCAGCUCCCGAAUAGGGUACGCCUAGUUUGUGCAAGAAGUAGCACAGAGAGUGGACCUCGCCCUGUUGUCAAUCUAGCCCAAGAUCGAGAAGGCUUUGAAGCACGAAAGAUCAUAUCUGGUAGUUUAAAUAAUUUGACAACUAUAGUCAAAGCUCAAUCAGAUACAUCCAUCAAUACAUCGAGUACUGCUACUCUCACUAACCAAUCUAAUCAAUCAAAGAAAUCUAAAUCUCUAGAGUGUGUGUCAGGCCUAGCCAUGUGGCAGAGUAAAGAAGAUAUUGUGAAGCUGAUGAAGGGUGAUCAGGGGCUUGGAUUUUCUAUACUAGAUUAUCAAGACCCAAUUGAUCCUAAUGGUACUGUUAUUGUGGUAAGGAGCUUAGUUCCUGGAGGUGUGGCAGAAAAAGAUGGUCAAAUAUCACCUGGAGAUAGAGUGAUGUCUGUGAAUGGAUCAAGUAUCAAAAAUGCUACUCUGGACCAAGCGGUUCAGGCUUUGAAAGGAGCUCCGAGGGGAGUUGUACGAGUCGGCAUUGCGAGACCACUCCCAUCCUGUGACUCCUCAAAAUCAAAGAGCACAAGUACUCUCAACAUCAAACCCAGUUAAUUUUAGCCUUUAUAGCUGUUAGUCUUAAGAACACACUGUGUUAACGACUAGUCAGAGUUUAAACCAUAUCUAUUUUACGCUUAACAGAGCAAUAUACACUGAGCGUUUAGAACGCAGAUUAUAGACAUUUAAGUAAAGCCUAAAUAUUACACCAACUCAAUUUUAGAAGGGGCUAUUGCACCAUCUACCUAGACAAACCAUUGAGCUACAUAUAGCCGGGACGUAGGAAAUAGAUCUCAAAAUCGUUAGUAUAACAAUAAACUACGCUUUACCACAUAUUGUACAUAAGCCACGUCUCUUUUAAUGCACAAUUCUCACAUAAAACUAUUAUUAAAAACCUUAAAAGUAUUAUGAUUUUAUUUAAAACACAUGUUGCAUGUACGAGUAUGUACGCAACUAUAUUGUUCUGUUCUAAAAACACCUUCAUGUAACCGACUGAAGUUCGAAGUGUGAAUGAUAAAAAUUCAAUAAAUGAAUUAAGUUUAAAUAUAAAAACAAACUUUAAUACAUUUAGUUAUAGGUUUAGAAUUAACACAACCGUAGAUUAAACCUAAAGGGAGCAAAUGACGAAGUACCUUAUUAAUGUAUGUAAUCCCGAGUUUUGAAUCUCAUCAGUAUAUUAUAUACAAGAUUAUAAUAUAUUAAUUAUAUGUUUUAUAUUAUAACACAUAUGUUAUAAAACAAGCGUACAUUGUCAAUAUCCGAAUUUGGAUAUUGGUAGUACUAAGAAUAUAUCUGUCGUUGUACUAAACACAAGCCUAUCUGUUACUUGAUUACAAUUCCUGCAAUAUAUAUAGCAUUUGAUCUAUAUGUUUAUUUACAAUUUAAUCUAGUCAUUUUAAAUAUCUAUAAAUUUAAAAAUGCUCAAAUCACGUACCAGCUAUCAAUACUGUCAAUUGUCAAUAAGAGGUAAUUAAUAAUAAUCAUUUAUAACAAUAGUCAGUGUUGCCAUAGAUACAAAUAACUGUAAAAAAUUAGAACAUAGUAUAUUCAUCUUGUCAAAAAAAAAAUUAGAUUCUGUAAUUCUAACGAACUUGUUGAAUAUCACAAACAAAAUGGAUCUGAUGCAGCCGUGUAUGACAAUAAGUCUUAAUGUGACAUUAUUUACGUGUCUAAUCCAGUGUUUCAUAUUUAUUAACAAUAUCUUCCCGUUUGACUGAAAUAGAUAUAGUGUUUUUUAUUGGUAUGAGAUUUAACUCUUGCCAUUUCGAGGUCCCCAGCGACCUGUACUUGCCUGUUAUGAUAAAUAACCUACAUUUGUACCUGCUUCGUAUGUUAUUAAUUUUAAACAUUAACGUCACCUGUUUCAUGUUCUUUAUUGUAUAAAUUUUAUUUAGAUCGCACAGAGAUUAUAAAUAAGAAGAAUAAAAGAACGAAAUAAAACUUAAUAUGUACUAAA